AUGUAUGGCAUUUCCGGUGUAGUUUGUAGCAUACCUCAUUACAUCACUCCAAACAUUGACGAUUUGUACGUCACUUCCAGUAAAGCAAUAGAUGUUUUAUUACCGACAAACAUUAAUAAAACCGAGACCAGUAACAUGCCUUUAUGUGUCCCAGAAAUGUCAGCAGAAAUUAACAACUUAACGACAUGUGAAGAUAAUAAAAGAAAAGAGAUUUUUAAAACGGUAAGCCCAGAAUUUAAAACAUUAUCUAUUGUAAUAAUCGCAAUCGGCAUGAUGGUUCAAGGAAUAGGGAAAGCACCAAGAGCCCCGUUUGUGACGGUUUACAUAGACGACAACGUGGAAAAGAGGAAAACCGGGUUUUAUGCAGGAAUCAUAUCGGCUGCAGGUACGAUGGGUCCCGCCCUCGCUUUCGGUCUUGGGGGAUAUUUAAGCAAAAUCUACGUCACAUUAGAGGAUGUAGAGAUGACUCCAAAGGAUCCUCGAUUUAUCGGCGCUUGGUGGCUCGGAUUCCUUGUGUUUGGCCUGGGUUCUUUACUAGUUGCCAUUCCAGUCGUCAUGUUUCCACGUCGGUUCAAGUGGAAUCAAAAGAAGAUAGAGGAGUAUCGAAUGGACAUGCCAAAAGAAAAACCAUUAUUGACAACAAGAGCAAAAGUAAAAGAUCGUGUUUCGUCCUACUGGCGGAUAAUGAAGAACCCUAUUUACAUCAGUAUUUUGGUAACAAAUAGCUGCAUGGUAUGUGGACAGACUGGCUACGUGUCUUUCCUGGCAAAGUACAUACAGACACAGUUCGGAACUCCUCUGUGGCAAUCCAAUCUAAUCCUAGCUGUGACCAAACUUCUAGCCUUAGCCAUCGGAGCUUUCGUCGGAGGAUACUUGACCAGGAAAGUUCCAAUGAUUCCUCGGAACACCUUUGGACUUUUGCUAAUACUCUUCGUUAUACAGAACGUGACAUUUAGCGCGGGAUUCUUCCUUGGUUGUGACCAGCCCAAAGUCGUAGGACCACAAAGAACUUUUUUUCUGGAUCCUGACUUAUGCGUUUUUCAAGAGUCCCUCAGCGGUGGAGGGCUAUAUGAAAACUGCACGUGCAUUGGUAAUGGUGGAACUGCGCGUGCUGGCAUGUGUGAUUCGGAUUGUAAAACCCUCAUCCCCUGGGCGGUCAUUACCUUCUUCGGCUCCAUAGCCUCUAUGGCAAAAGCAAUGCUGAGUUUUAUUGCCAAGAUCAGGUGUGUAGAGGACCGAGAUAAGUCCACAGCUAUGGGAGUGCAGUCCUUUUGUCUCUCGCUUCUAGCUUUCUUACCUGCCCCGAUUCUGUUUGGUUUGGUGAUCGAUACAACUUGCCUUAUAUGGAUGAAAGGAUGCAGUGGAACCGGCGCGUGCCUAUUUUAUGAUAUCAUCGACUUCCGGGUCAAAAUUCAUCUAUUUAGUAUGAUGUUUUACACCAUCGCUUCAGGAUCCACCCUGUUUGCGUUUUUUAAAACCAGAAAAUGGAAAACAUGGAGACCACGUGGUAGUAAAAAGGAAACAUCAGUUCUGUGUGUAUCUGCAAAAUGAGGAAACAUUUCACAAGAAUUACAAUCCGUAUCAUUAUGAAUGUAUCUUAACGAUAUUAAGUGGGAAAGUAUAUAUGUAAUUUUAAUACCUAUUAUGGCGUAUCCCACUGUACACAUUGUCUCACAUACUCUUCAGAUAUUCAGAUACAUGUGCUGGUCUAUUUUACAAUAUUAUUAAUAAGAAUUAGAUCAUAAA